AUCUGUCUGACUAUUAAAACAGAUUUAUACCGUCAGAUUCUGUUUUUUUGGCAGCAAGCUCAAGGUCGCUAAGCGGGGCGUGCACUGGGAGCCAGCAGCAAAGACUUAGCAUUCUUACAAGCAGAUGCUACACAUCAUUGCAAAACUCAAUCUCGACUAUGAAGUCGCUUUCAGAGGCUGCUGCUUCUAAAAGGCGCAGGUAUCUGCCAUGGUUUGGCACAUAUAGUCGACCGUCUGUAGUCCAAGGCUCUGAGAAGGCGUCUGCGGGCCUCGCGUUUGCGACCCGAAGAAGAGCUUGGAGCCACAAGGGUCGCGAAUCCCGGAAACCCUUGGGCGAGAUAAGUCGAUCGUAUAGCUCUAAUACUACGAUCGCCUCAGAUUCAGGGCCGCUCGGAGCAUUGCAAAGACCCGAGGCUUCGACUUUACUAAAGGGCUCUCAUGAGCCAUCUGCACCAGAUUACUCGGUCGGUGGCAUUUCUCGGCUUACAACAUAUAGACCUGCUACCGCAGUACAGCAGCUUCCAAAGGGGUCAUCCGACCAUUCGGCAGCCCCGGAGUUCUGGAGCCACAAGUUACAAAAGAGUCCCGAAGGCAAAGACAUUGUUGUGCACUAUUGUAGAAGCCUGAAAAGCAGUGAAGGGAUCGCACAGCUAUUUUUGAAGGAUGAUCUCAUUGGGCUUGACCUGGAAUGGAAGGCUUCAGCCUCGGCAUGGGAUAGCAUUCAAGAUAACGUUUCGCUGAUCCAGAUUGCGAACCGACAUCGCAUCGCACUUUUUCACGUGGCACAGUUCAGACCGGCAAAAGCUCUCGUCGAUCUCGUACCACCUACGCUGAAGCGAAUCAUUGAGGACCCGGCAGUCACUAAAGCUGGCGUGUCGAUUAAAGCGGACUGUACACGCCUGCGAAAGUUUCUGAAGAUAGAUGCGCACGGAAUCUUCGAGCUGAGCCAUCUAUAUAAGCUCAUCAAGUACUGCCAAUCGGAUCCGAAACUGAUCAACAAACGACUUGUCAACCUGAGUGAGCAGGCGGAGGAGCACCUCGGGCUACCCUUGGCAAAAGAAGUGACCGUGCGGUGCGGUGAGUGGUCGACGAUUCUGGAUUAUCGCCAGGUUCAAUAUGCUGCGUCUGAUCCUUACGCAUGCGUUUGCUUAUAUGAUACGAUGAACAAAAAACGACAAACUCUCGAACCAGUGCCUCCUCUCCCCGCCCACGCCGAAUUGAAUUUACCCAUUCGUGUUAUGUGCGAUGCGCCUGUCACUGCUGAUGUGGAAGAAGUCGAAUUGUUUCGACCUGAGGAUGCACCCGAAGAUCCGAAAUGUACCAUUUAACACAUUCGGAGAACAUAUGGAUUUACCCCUCCUCCUAUCUCGAAACAUCAGGUCAGAGCAUUUCAUCUCAACAUAUCAAGAUUCUGUGUUGAAGGGCUUUCGCCUGCAGCAUCAGUGAACUAAGUCAUUUCACCCUUCAUCUACAUGAAACAUGGGCUAGAAACAGCAUGCGACAGCCGGACCAUUUCUAUGGUAGUAACCGUGGGAAUUAUAAAGACAUGCGGUUACACUAGACUCUACUUGUAGACCAGGACUAUGAAGUGAAGGCUACAAUACCAGCUGAA